AUGUCAUUCGAAACGCUUACCGCCACGAAUCUUAAUAUGGACUUUGCUUAUCGAAGCGAAGACUCCAAGUCUUCGCGCUACCGUCAACGACAACAACGCUACGAAGCUACCGUGCUGAAGAACGCCGUAGCCCUGGCCGUGAUCCACAAACUGCACCGUUGGUGCUGUCAACUGUUCUGGUUGACUUUGGUCUGUGUGAUUGGCUGCUACGGAGAACUCAGCGAAGACAAACAACAAACGAUAAAGAAUGUGCGAAAGAACAUUUCGCUGACUUCGCAAAAACGCUCCAAAACAAUCAGUGAUCUUGAGAUGCAGGUGAGUAAUAUUACGAUUCAAAUAAUUCUUUUUAAAUAUAAUCUUUAUAUUUAAAUAUCAUUAAAAGCAUAAACUAACUAUAAUAUUACAGUUGUUGCGCCACUUGACAUGCCCACAAACUGCCAUCCUUCGCCCCAUCAGUAGAUCGAGCAGCCACAAGAAGCGACACCUUUCUCGUCCUCCAUCGCCUCAACUCUUCGACAUCUUCGAAGAAACGGACGACCUGGAGUAG